CCUCCCCCCGGGAGGGAGGAGGAGACUCCGCGGCCCUCCCUCGGCCCUCCCGGCGGCGGCCGCAGCAAGCCCCGUGCCCGCUCCGCCCAUCCGCGGCGGGUCGGACGUCCGGAGCCCGCGGGUCCCCGGCCGAGGUUGGAGGAGGCAUCCCCCGCCCCGUGGCCGGGAGAGCAGCGGGUAGCAGUGGCCAUCAUGCACAGUGGUAUCGCGUCCGCCGCGCGCGCCCCGCGCCGCCUCUGAGUCUGGGAGUUCCAGCCCAGGGCCCGAGAGCCUGCCCGCCCCCGCGGCCACACCAUGAGCCACGGGCCGAGCCCCCGGCUGGCCGAGUCCCCGCAGCUGUCGAAAGGCAGCCUCCUGACCAUCUUGGGCAGCCCGUCGCCCGAGCGCAUGGGGCCGGCCGACUCGCUUCCGCCCACGCCGCCGAGCGGCACGCCCUCGCCCGGUCCGCCUCCUGCUCUGCCGCUGCCGCCGGCGCCCGCGCUGCUGGCCGACGGGGACUGGGAGAGCCGUGAGGAGCUGCGGCUGCGGGAGUUGGAGGAGGCGCGCGCGCGGGCGGCGCAGAUGGAGAAGACCAUGCGCUGGUGGUCGGACUGCACGGCCAACUGGCGCGAGAAAUGGAGCAAGGUGCGCGCCGAGCGCAACCGCGCGCGCGAGGAGGUGCGCCAGCUGCGCCAGCGUCUCGACGCGCUCACCAAGGAGCUGGCGGGCGCGCGGCGCGAGCGCCAGGAGGCGCAGGGCGAGUGCGAGGCGCGGGGCCGCGAACUGGCGCGGCUGCGGGGCGCCCGGGGGGUCAUGGACAGGACGCCUGACGGUCCCGAGACCGAGCCAGAGAGGGAGCAGGAGCCAGUGCGCGACGUCGGGUCGGAGAGACCCACGGUCAGCCAGGAGCUGGAGCUGGUGGAGGGCCUGCUGAAGAGCAGACCAGAGGAGCCCGAGGGCUGCUGGGAGGCACACAGCGUAGGGGCCGGGGCCUCACGGGGCAGCUCGGGCCGCCAGGAGCGUAGCCGACUGCCCUGGGAGGACACCGCCACCAUCGAGGAGGAUGCCUCCAAGUUGACUGCCCUGCGGCUACGGCUGGAUGAGUCCCAGAAGGUGCUGCUCAAGGAGCGAGAGGAUAAAAUGACACUGAGCAGGAACAUUGAGAAGCUGGAGGGGGAGCUCAGCCAGUGGAAGAUCAAGUAUGAGGAGCUGAGCAAGACCAAGCAGGAGAUGCUCAAGCAACUCAGCAUCCUGAAGGAGGCACACCAGGACGAGCUGGGCCGCAUGUCCGAAGACCUGGAGGACGAGCUGGGUGCACGCUCCAGCAUGGACAGGAAGAUGGCGGAGCUGAGGGGCGAGAUGGAGCGGCUGCAGGCGGAGAACGCAGCCGAGUGGGGUCGCCGUGAGCGGCUGGAGACAGAGAAGCUGGGCCUAGAGCGUGAGAACAAGAAGCUGCGGGCACAGGUCGGGGACCUGGAGGAGGCGCUGGCCCGGCGGCGGCGGCAGACAGCCAGCGCGCUGGACUGCGACCUGCGGGCCAGCCAGGCCGCGCUCUUCGAGAAGAACAAGGAGCUGGCAGACCUGAAGCAUGUGCACAGCAAGCUGAAGAAGCAAUUCCAGGAGAAGGUGGCGGAGCUGGCACACGCCAACCGGCGGGUGGAACAGCACGAGGCAGAGGUGAAGAAGCUGCGGCUGCGGGUGGAGGAGCUCAAGAAGGAGCUGGCCCAGGCUGAGGACGAGUUGGACGAGGCCCACAACCAGGCGCGUAAGCUGCAGCGGUCACUGGACGAGCAGACGGAGCAAAGCGAGAACCUGCAAGUGCAGCUGGAGCACGUGCAGUCCAGGCUCCGAAGGCAGCAGCAGAACGCCCCCCUCUUUGGAAAGAUCCGCAGCGCUCGCUUUGGCGCCGAGGAGGCGGGGGACGGAGCCAGCGACCUGGACGAGGAUGAGGACCUGCAGAUCCAGCUACCUGUGCUCGCUCUGGGAGCAGACCACGGUCCCUGCCACAGAUGACUUCCUUCUCUCCCACAGUGGGCAUCGGUGGUCCCACCUUACCUACACUCUGUGAAAGGGAAGCCAUGGCCUAUGUUUUUUAUAUAUAUAUAUAUAAUAUAUAUAUGUGUGUGUGUGUAUAUAUAUAUAUAUAUAUAUAUAUAUAUAUAUAUGCCUGGGGUCCUUGGACCCAUUUGGUUUUAUAGACACAGGACCACUCUGAGGCCCACUCUAGGUGCCACCCCCCCCACGACCUUCUUGCAGGGGGAGCGGGUGUCAAAGGAGGGCUGUUGGGGCCUCCACCCAGGCUGCCUCUCUGGGCCCUAGGGGUUGGGCGGGGGCUGUGGCUGUUCAUAGUACAAUGUGAUAAACCCAGUCUUUUGUAAUAAAUGGAGUUCAGGUUCUCGGGCUGGAGUCCUAAGAGUGUGGCAGAUGUGGGCACGCAGUGUGGGGGACAGACAGGAUCAGCCUACCCCUGGCACCGAACCUGAGCUCAGGAAUAUUGAUAUUAAGUCACUUGAGUGACUUAAUAAAUGAAUGAAUGUGAGAAAGAAUGAAUGAAUGAACACUGGAACUGCUGAAUGGUCUGGAAUCCAGCUCCUUUGAGGGGAAGGAAAAGGGAUGGCGCAUGUCAAAUCUGGAGGAGACUUCAGUUCUGGCACCGGAUGAAUUCAAAUCUCUGCUCUGCCUCUUACUGGCUGUGCAACCUUGGGGAAGUUAAUUGCCCUCUCUGAGCCUCGGUUUCUCCAUCUAUAAAUUAGAUGUCUCAUAGAGCCAUCAGGAGAAUUCGGUGAGUUCAUCUGGAGCUCAGUAAAGGUUAGUUAUAAUUGAAAUACUUGAAGGUAUGCCCUGGAGAGGGGGGCUUUGCCAGCUGGGGUCUGCCGUAAGGGAUGAAGUUCAGACAACUGACUGGUGGGUGUUUACCCAGAGGUAGGUAUGAACACAACAAAUAAUCCUUUUAUCAUUCCCCUAGUCCUGCUCUAGGUAGUGAAAUUAUAGGUAAUCUUAUUUUUGAUACUUAAUUUCUAAACCUUCUAUAACCAGCCAAUUUAUAUUAAAUCUGGUGGAAAAGGUUAUUAAAAACACAGUAGCAUAUAUUUUUGAAUCUUCACAAGUUGAGGUGGCAUUUGAGACACCUGCCCUUGAUGGGAGUUUUACGUGAAUUCUUGGCACCAGGGCCUGCUUUCUGCAGGAGGAGGCCCUCUCAGAACUGUUCUAGCAUGCGGGCCGUGGCGAGUUCCCUGUGUUCAGAGGUGAGUACGGAGAGGCUGGGCUUGGAUCAGGGGCCUGGCACCAAAGAGGAGUUAAAUUCAAUUGAUAGAAAAAAAAAAUUCAAUUGAUAGAAGGGCUCCCUGCCCCGGAGUGGGCAGCUGCACUAAAGGACUUCUCUCUUGUUGUGGCCCAGUCUGAGGGACCCCUGGGGCCAUGGUGCUGGGACCCAGUGGAUGCCACAAGCCCUGGGGGCUGAGAGGAGGGGAGAGACAGGCCCAUGAGCCCAGCAGGGGGUAAUAAAUAUGGGCACCGAAUGUGUCAUGUCCCCUGUUGCCAAACCUAAGCUAACCAUGCUGGAGAGGUGGGGUUUGCUGUCAUGGCAAAGAGGCCCAUGUCCCUUCCUGUGCCCUGAGUGGGAGAGGAGGGAGUGGGCAACACCCAGCCACCGGGAUCCACACCGCCACCCACCCCCGUGGGCCUUUCCUCACAAGCCAGGGCCAGCAGAAAAGGGAAAAGGCGCUGGGGGAAGAGGACCAUUUCCUGCCGGGGGGGCGGCGGCGGGGGGCGGGGGGGGGGGUUCUUUCUGUUUUCUCUCCCGAACAGGAAGCAGGCCCUAGAAGAGGCUGAAAGUGCUGCCCUUUGACCCCCAGGAGCCAGGAUCCAGGCACUCACUGACAGCAGCCCUGAGAGCCGCCCCUGGGCCCCCAGGCGGACCUGCCAUUCCCAGACACAGAGCAGAGCGUCCGGCACAGCAGGCUCUCCCAGACUCCCUGGCACCUCCAGCGAGAUAGUGUGGGGCAGGGGCCCCAUUAUAGCCCCUGUCUGUGGGCGAGGCCGCUCCUGAGAACAUCAGAGAGGAGAGGGUCUGGCCUUCCGCCUCCAGUGUACAAGGGAGACCAGAGCCUUGGGAGGGAAGCACAGCCGCAGGCAAAGGGCUGCAAGAUUCCCUGGGCCUGGAACUCUCGCUGCCUCCCUGCUCACAGCCCUUCCUUCCCGGUGGUCGUGAGAGCAACAUCUGCCAACAGGAGCAUCAGCUUUGGCUCCCGCGAUGCUUUAAAAGCUGUAUUUAAUGCAUUGCUAAUGUUAAUGGGAGGUUUUCUCAUAAAAAAUGUGGGUGUCCCCCUCUUGAGAAAUCAGCGCCUCAGACCACGCUGGGCUCGCACUCCUGCGUGGCUGCAGCUGCAGGGCUGAGAGGCAGGUGCUCUCCGGAAGGGGAGCAGUCCCCACCGCUCCCUGCAGCCUUACCUGCACCCUCCUCGUCUCUAUUACCGCCUGGCCCCCGAGGCAUGUGAGUGCCCUUCCUCUGGCCUAGUCCAGUCUUUCUUUGAACAGGUGAGGAAAUUGAAUGGCUGAGAGGGGCGGCACCGGCCAAAGUCAGUGUGAAGUAUAGCCAGGCCAAGUAUACGUGUCAUUCUCGGGAUCAGAACUCCUGCAGGCUUCUUGUCACCACAGGGGUGACUGCCGAGAACAGGUAACAUGUAUUGAGCCACGCCAUGUGCUUUACAGUCUUGUGAGGCAGGCACUCCCGUGGUCACCUCUCUUGACACCAAGGAUGCAGAGGCUCGGAGGAAGCAGGUGACUACCCCAAGGCCACACAGCUGGUUGGUGGUGACCCUGGCAUUCCAGGUCAGGCAACCUGAGGCCAGAGCCCACACUCCUGGUUACGCCCCCCUUCCCCCAGCCCUCCAAGGCAAGGCCCUGGAUGGUGCAGCCCCUGCCCUCGGCAGCCCCACCCCACUCAGCAGACCCUGCAGCUCCAGCCAUGUUGAACUCCCUUCCUACCACCCAGAAUUGCUCCUUCCCUGUCAGAGUCCCACCAGCCCCUCAAAGCUCAGCCCACUUGGUUCAUCCUUAGAGUGUUAGUGGGUUCUGUACCUGUCUGCUUCUCCCACCCCACCAGAUGCUCCUGGAGGGCAGAGAAUCCUUCCAGCAGCCAGCACAGUGCCCUAGGCCUAGAGAACAUCUUUAAGGGAGGGGAAGAAGGAUGGCUGGAUGGAUGAGACGGUGGAAGGCUGAAGCCAGAAGCACCGCCCACCCCUGACUCCAGCUUCACUGCAGUACCUGCAGGACCAGGCCUAGGUAUCUUUCUGCUGGUCAGCUGAGAAGUCUCCCAGGCACUGAAAGCCACAGCAGUCCAGGGGCAGCAGUGCCAGGGCCUCUUCUCACAGGCCUGGAGUACCCGGACAAGCUGCAGAACCUGCUGGGCCAGACACUGCCCCACCCAACCCCUCCUCCCCCUGCAGCAUGAGGCUGGGGCCCCUGGAGUCUGUCCUCUGAAGGCUUGGCCUCCCCUUGCUCUCCAGCCAAGUUUGUUUUGCCCCUACCAGCCAGCCCCUAGGGAUCCCUGCCUGGAAAUUUAUGCCCAGGAGUGAGUCCCCAUGCCCCAGCACUUCAGGCAAGCUUGGCUUCUAGAUCUAGCUGCUUUUUGAUUGGCUGUGUGUCUGCUGGCAAUCUCCUAUCCCUCUCUGGGCUUUCAUUUCCUUAUCUAUAAAAUGGGGACAGUAGCAACUGGAUUCUCCAGACAUAGUAUAACUUCACUGUUAGUAGUACUUUUCUGGCUUUGCUUAGGGUCUGCAUUGUCUCCCAAGACCCUAGCUCCCUGACUGCCUGGGGGCCCACCAGCCACCCUGGGCACCCCUCUGGGGCAGUGGGUGGUGGGCUGGAGACAGAGGCAGCACCCAGGAACCAGCUGUAGCUCUCAGCCCGCUGCUCCCACCACUACCACCACCCAGCUCCUCUGCCUACUAAUUGCAGGGUUGCAAGAUGCCAGCUGCCUCCCAGGCCCCAGGUGGGUGCCUCCCAGUGGAUCAAGGGCUCCCUGGAAGGCCUCCCAGUUCUCCUCCAGCCCCACAGACCCAGCUGCGCUGGGGUGGUCUCCAUGGUGCUCAGACUCUCCUCUCCCGCUCUGGGAGGGGCCCAGAAAAGGUGUAAACAUAAAGCCUUCCUCAGGCUUUCGCAUUUCCCAGGCUUCCCCCACACCAGUGAGGAGCAUCCUGGGUCCCCCACCCCCGCUCAAGAACUAGCCAUGGCUCCCCACUGCUGGACCGAUAAAGCCUCGCUCCACAUCCUGGCCCAUGGUGGGUUUCAGACUUGCCCUUAAGCACGUUCCCCAGUGGCCUUGGUCUCAGGUCCCUGUUGCUCUAGGAUGAAGUCCAGACAGGCCCCUCUCUCCCGCCCCCACUGGCUUCCCCAGCAUCCUCUCCAUGCCUGCCCCACGGCUGGAGCACCAGUGGCGUGGUCAGACAGGAUGGCAGCACCACAGUGGCUGGGGCGUUCCUCAUCUGCUUGCACCGGGACCUCAAGCUCUGAAGGCAGGGGCCCCGCCUAUGGGACCCUGAAUCCCCUCCCCAACCCCACCACCAGGAAAGGAGGGGGAGUAGCAUUCAAAGCACAUGCACUGCCACCGGAGGUGGACCAUGGCAGGAUGAGGAAACCGAGGCCCAGAGACGGAAGGAACCAGCCAGUAAAUCACAGAACCAGGGUUCGAAUUCGGGCAACUCCUGAGACCAGGUGUUCUCGGCUACAGCCCUCAGCCCAGGUGUGAGCCUGGUUCAAAGCAGAUGCUCUGUGACUGUUCAGGGAGAGGAGAGGGGGAGGGGAGAGUAAGGUAAUAAUGGUGUGAACCGCUGUCACCAAGCCCUCUUCUCUUGAGAUCACUCAAGGUUCUUUCUCACCCAGCACCUGACUUGAGGCUCUAACUUAAGCAGGUCUGAGAUGGGACGCGCACUACCUAGAUGAGUUAAACUGAGGUACAGAGAGCCAAGUGGCUUCUGCAGGGGCACCCAGCACUAUGUGUGAGGAAUCUCCAGCUUAUUUUAAUAGGGUCAUAAUCGUUUACUCCUUUGAUCUCCAUUCUAAUAACGAGAGCAGUCAAAGAGCUGCGGAUUCUGACCCCUAACUAAGCAUCACCUACCUGAGCCUCAGUUUCCACGUAUGUAACACGGGGUGCUGUGGGGAUUAGAAAGGACAUUUGUCAAGCCCCUAGCAUGGGCUUCAGCUCCCAGCGCUACUGUUGUUUGUCCACCUUUGUCCAAGGACACCCAUCAUAUCUGUGUGGAAGACCAGUUGUGCAGGCGGGAAACGUGCCCUUGUCCACACUGGGGUGGGGUUCUCUGUCCAGGAUCUGCCUCUGCCUGUCUGCCCUGCCACACUCAGCUGUCCCUGCUCUCUGUCCCAUCUCAGAAACCACCUGAUCACCUUCCCAGUCGCCCAGGGACCAUUAAUUUUUUUAUGGACGAUCAAACCCGGAUAGACUAGAAGGGCCACCACACAGCUGAUUCAAAAACAGUCACCAAGGCGCCAGGGACACCCAUCUGGGGGUCAACCAGGAGAGGUGAUGUGGCCAUGGAGUUGGCUCUGGAUUUGGGGAAGAGGAGAAGCCCCUGCACGUCCCAGGCAUGCAUGCGCGCGCGCGCGCACACACACACACACACACACACACACACACACACUCUCCCCCUCUCUCUCUCUCUCUCUCUCUCUCUCUCUCUCUCUCUCUCUCUUACACUUGCCCCUGCCCCCAGACCCAAUAGACAGGCUCAGUGAAGGGAGGAGAAACAGGAGAUGAGGGCCCAAGGGUGGGGGCAAUGGCUGUGGGGGGAAGCCCUGCUCUGGGAGUUGGGACCCCUGGGUUCCCUCCCCCACCCCCGUGCCACUAGUGGCCGGUUCCACACCAUUCCAGGCCUCUGUUCCCCUAUCUGUCCCUUGCAGGGUGGGGCUAGAAGCAGGCAGGGAAGAGAAGGUGAGUGAAUAGUUGGGACCUCCAGCUUCUGCUGUUUCACCUCUCUGAGCCUCUGUUUCCUCGUCUGUCCAGUGGAGUGUCACUGCCACCAGGUUCAAGGUGGGGACUCUGAGGGCCGUACAGAGAGCCAGGAAGGGCUGCUGGUGCUCACACUGUUGUUAAUCUCAGCAUUCUUCUCCUGGCCCUCAGGUCCGCGCCCCUCUCCCCUGAGGGUGACUUGGACCACCUCCUUCCUCCUCCCUCCGGGAUGGCUCUGAAUCGGCCUCCACGCUCUGCUGCAAGGAUUGUGGCUGUAGAGGUGUUCUGUGAGCACCUGUCUGCCUGGCCUCUGGCCAGAUCUGCUUCUCUCCCGACCCCAGCCAUCCACUCCAUCAGCCUGACGGGCAGCCUCAGUGAGACCCCAGAGGGUCCCCAGCUGUAGAGCAUCAAGCCGAGGCUGGGCUGGGCUGGCCGGGCCCCUGGCCCUUUCUUAAGUGCCUUGCCCAUGAGCCGGCCUCCCUCACUCCCUCUCUGCUGCUCCAUGCUCCUGACACCUCUUUUCUGGAAGGGAGAGACUGGCCAAGUAGGGCCAUCUUCCUGGGUGUGUGGCUCGUGCAGUCACACAGGGCCUCGUACUUUGAAGGACCUUGUGUUUGGUUUAAUGCUCUGUUGUCAGUGUCUUGAAAUUACUAAUAAUUUUACAAGGAGUCCCACAUUUUCGUUUUGCACCAGGCCUGGUAAAUUUUGUAGCUGGUGUUGCUGUCAAGGGACAGACCUGCUUCAGGAAAUGGCCAGAGGGUGGGUCCCCAGAGCAGAGCCCCUGCCUUUAACCAUCACUCGUUCCAAUCCAGAGGACUGGCCUUAUCCCUCAUCUUCCCUUCCUCACGUUCCCCAGAUCCCCCAGCUCAGAAGCCCUGUGGCUCCCAUCUCCUCCCUAUGGGGGCUCUGAGCGGGGAAUGACUUCUCCAGGCAUCUCUACGGGAGGGGAUUCUAGGGAGGGUGUCUUUUCUACGGGGAAAGCAAAGGGGUUCUCAAAUCCAUAUGUUCCCUCCAGACUGGUACCACUUUCGUCAAGUGGAAGCAUGGAAACCACAGAACAGAUGAGACAUGAAUUCAUUUAAACGAUCUGUAGAAUUCAUAAUAGCCCUCAGUCACCAUGUUGUUUUUUUUUU